CUCUCGUCCAUUUUGAAGAGAGAUCUCGGAAUCAGUUCUCGCCGCUUUCCAGUCCUCACAUAUUUCCUGCGUUUUCGCCGCCCAUCCCACCACCCACACCCACAGCACCAUGGUGCCGAUAGCCGUAGUUUUGGCGCUUUUGGUGGGCCUUUGCGGGACCGUCCAGACGGCCAGUGACCAACCACAGACGGGCGGAUGCAUCGGUAGGCGCAGAAAAGCCCUUCACGUCGAUGCACGUGUUAAUCUGGUGCAUUCCUGAUCUUUGGUGCGAAUGGACGUGUUUGUGUGUUUGUGUGCAGGGCGGGACGCAUCGUGCCCGCUCUCUGAGGGGAAAAGCGCCUUCAUCGAGAAACAUGGUGGGCCAGAUCUCCCAAAACAGCCAUUGAAGGGUGGGUGGGUGGAUGGAUGGAUGGAUGUGUGUGUGUGUGAUGGCUGUGAUGGCUGCAGGUGGGUCUGUGUCGGCCGCCUCCCUGCAGACGGCACUUGGCGAGGCCAAGCGCAUCGCCCAGGCCGCACACACGGUGAGCGGCAAGGCCCUCACGGCCGGCGACAAGGCCCUCACGGCGAGCGGCAAGGCCGUCACGGCACUCGAUGCACUAACUACGACCAUACUCAAGCAGACAGGACGCCCCGACACAGGUAGGUACACAAAUGACACACGGGCGGUCGGGCGGGUACGAUGGAUGGAUGGAUGAAUGGAUCUCCUGCCUGCCUGCAGCGUCCGCCUCCCUGCAGGGGGGGCGGAUCGGUGCGAUGUGCGGUGUGGUCUUCAAGCCAGAGAUGAAGUCCCAUGAAACCUUGCUACACGACCAACAAGGGUAUUAUUUCACAGCGAUGUCUACGCCAUGCAUGGCCUGAAGUACGCCUUCUUCUUCGACGUCGGCGGCGGGCCCGGCGGGCACCUCGCCAGCUGCAGCAAGAAUGAAGGGUGUGUGAUCGACGAAGUGGAGUUCGAGAACAUCCGUGGUUCGGGGCACCCAGCUAAUUCUCACGGCCUGGUGCGUGGGGGCCCAUCAGUGUUGGUUGACAAGUUGCGUGCAAGUCUGUCUCUGUGUGUGUGUGUGUGCAGGGGACCUGCCAGGCCACGUGUGGGGACGGCCAGGUCUAUAACUUGGAAUUUGGCGGGGGAAAAUUCUGCAUUCGUCCCGGCACUGUCAGUACCCACGCACCCACACCCACACCCACACACGCACACACACAGUUUGUAUUGCAGACACUGCAAGCGACCGAUCCCCGUUGAUGCGUUCCGACCCUCUCUCUCUCUCUCUCUCUCUGUGUGUGUGUGUGUGUGUGUGUGUAGAUGAUUAUGCACGUCAAUGCAGACGACAAGAGGAUCUUCACGGACAAACCUGCCGAGCCCCUGGCUGUCAGCUACGGCUUUCACAUGGCUAAGGGCGAGAAAUACAUGUACGACAUCAUAUUCCCCGGCCACCAAAGUACCGACUGACGGACGCCCACAGAUCCCCGCCGGCCAUCCCCCCUUGUUUGCACGCCUCUCCCUUCUAUUCUCUCUGUCUGUCUGUGUGUCUGUCUGUCUGUCGAUCAGUGUACCAGUAGCACGCGCCACGGCUGAGAAGAACCAGCCAAGGACUGCAACACACCACACACCACACUGGCCACCGGAUAGCCAAGGGGGUGAGCUCGUCUCUCUGUGUCCGUCCGGCCACUUCUCGCUCUCUUCCUUUCACAGCCUGACUUACUGACUUUGUGUUUUCUUUGUCCCUUUCCCUUUGUGAGUCUGCAUGUGGUUUAAGGUUAGUGACCUCCUUCCUGCUUUCGAGGAGCUUGGCUGUCUGUGUGAGUGGGGGUGCUUUGAAGGCACACACACACACACGCACACGCAUGGCCGGGGGGGCGAGUUCGUCACCAAAGGACCUGACAGCCCGACACACACAGCGGACUGCGUGGCAUUCAACGAGCCCACGCGUGCACCACCAGCCAUUAGGCUUCAAUUAAGCACGGCAGCUGCC